UAGAUCAUCGUGAUAUUUAAAAGUGCAACAUGGCAGAAGCAAUAGUUCAAGAUUGGUUGGCUGAAUAUGAAAGCCUGCAGCCAUCUGAGAUGCAAUCGUUUGCAAGUUUGCACGAAAAUAACCAAGAAAUCGCCGAAGCAAUAUAUACAAUAUUUAAUGAAAGGCUUAAGUAUCCAGAGUUAAUUCAUGGAAUUUGUAACCAAUUCCUGAGUUUUUAUCGAUCAAAUGAAGAUGGACUGAAAAAAUUCCCAAUGCAAUUUGUUCCCGUUCUUAUUUACGUGUAUCUCAACUCAGUCGCAAUGGGCGACAAGAAAGGCUGUCGGAGUGUUGAAACACUCCUCAUAUGCAUAUAUAAUUCUGAAAUAACCGCUGAAGAUGGCACUCCAAAAGUAGUUUCAUUCCGAUUGCCAUUACUGGCACAUGCAUCAAUUUAUCAUGAAGAAAAAAAUCUUCCCCUAACAGAUCUGCGACGAUGGGAAGAGAAUUGUAAUCGAGAAAUAAAAUGGGGACCUUUCUCACAAAUCGAAUCAAUCAACGCCCAGAGUCGAAUGAAAGUGAUGACCGCUUUGUUAUUCUCCUACAACCAUCACUUAAGCUUAACACAGAAAAAUACUUUGCUGCAUUUAUGCCGGAUGGCAUCACAAAUUGUCAAUCAGGGAUUCACUAAACCCGGUCAUGCCCAUCGAACCUCAUAUGGAUCAGAUCCAACAAAUGUACUUGUGCCGAGACCCCCACCGCGAAUUCCAUUAUCAUCUAAUUUUCUUGUUGAAUUGGUACAUGCAAUUUAUUUUGCAAUGUUCAAUGGAUUUGGUACAAUUGCUAUACAAACUUUAGAGGAUAUACAUAAUAGAGGAAUAUUUGAAAUGUAUUCUGAUGUUGUUUUGGUCACAAGUGCUGUUAAGAAUUCAUUACAUGCAAAUCCAUCAGGCCAACCGAGCGAUGGCCCAAUGGGACUUAGCGUGGCAUUGACACCCUCAACAAAUGCAGCGCCUAUAGUAUCAAAAUCAAUGAUCACAAAUGCAUCAUUUCGUACCAAGAAACUUCCAGACGAUUUGGACAUGGAGUUUCUGGCUAGUUUGCCCCAUCAGCCCAAUACCAAUGAUCAGUAUCGCACAUUGGACAACAACAAUCCCGAUGCAAUGAUGCAAAUAGAUGGCAAUCCUGAUCCCACCACCAUGACAAAUCAACAAAAUCGAGGAGACGGCUCGAAGAAGACUAAUAAUAAUAGCAAUAAUAACAGCGGUGGUGAUGGCAGCCUUAUUAAUCCAUUGCGAUGGAAAACGUGGGGCUGGAAAUACAGUCCUGGCAGUAAGACAUCCAGCAUUGAAGAAGAACCUGACUCACCGAAAAAAUCUGUAUCAUCGUCAAAGAACUCAUCGCCAAAUGCAUCGCCAAAAAUACGAAAAUCCCAACUCUCGACCAAAUCAACCGAAGAGAUUUUAAACAGUUUUACCAAUUCAUCAGUGGUGGCGGCAAUUCGCCGUAAAAAGUCCUCAUCGCCUGCCAAACAAUCGCCCGAACUGAGAUCUAGUGCGGGUGCUCGAUUGAUAAGCCAACUUGAGGAUGCAUGCGAUUCGGCUGAUGAGAAAGAUGCUUUGCUAUCAAACGGUCGACCGGCCAGUAUACAUAUUAUACAAACAGCAUCUGGCUACACGAUCAUAAAUAAAUAGUUGUUAUACGAAUAAAAAAUUAUACAUUUUUAAAAAUCAAAACAAAAAGAAAACAACAACAAUUACAAACACGCGCCAAUAGUAUUAACAAAAAAAUUUAAGGUGAAGUUGAUAUUUUUGUCAGUAUGUACACAAUUUGUUUGUUACAUUUUAUUUUUAUGUUAUGUAUAUCACUUAUCCACGCUCUUGUCGAGAUCGGUUUCAUAUUUUAAUUGUUAUUAUUGUAAUUCCUGUUGCGUGUUGUUUUUUUUUUUUUUGAAUUCAAUAUCUAUUAGAACAAAAUUAAAUUGAUGCUUUGUGCCGCCUAAGGAAUUGAAUGUGAGCGUUAGCUUUAAUUGACUAUAAUUUAUUAUUGUUUUAUUGAUAUUUAUUUGAGCAUUCAUUUUUACAAAAAGAAAACGAAGGAAAUCUUGAAUAUGAUUUGUCUUUAAAAUCAGAACUUUAUUAAUUUAAAUCAAAUCUAUGUAAUCAUAAAGGUUCUAUCUAAUCUGAGAAUGUGAAAAACUCUUUGUAAAAUGCAUUUAAAUUUGUUUGCAGUCAAUUAAUAAGUAGAUUUUAAUUUGAAAAUUAAAAAUUGUCUUAAAAGGUAUACGUAUGUAAAUAUAUAAAAAUUAAUUGUUAAGUUUGAUCCAAAAGUUCACGUCUAUUGAAAGCUGACUAAAAUUCGUGUAACUCUACUGUAUACAAUGCGGGUCGAGUGUAUUUAAUAACCUUGUUUUUAUCCUCAAAUAAUCCGCCCAACUGACCAAGUUUGGCAAAGCUUACUUGGCAUGUUUACCACAUGUUAUCAUAUUUUUAAAUUUUUACAUUUAUAAUUAUCAUUUUGUUUUGAAUUAAAAGCAAACUUUUAUAUAAUGAUUAGAUAAGAACUAAAAAAAAAAAACAUUCUCUUGUAUGCAUUUUAUUUUAGAAGAAAGUUUGAUUAAUAAUAUUUUGAAUAAAUUUCCAAAUCUUUAGCUAUAAGACUAAAUAUGUACACCUAUGCCCAAAAUAAUAUGAACAUAACGUAAUUUUUCUAAAGAAACAAAUCUAAAAUUUAAAAUAUUGGUUUAAUGUUUCUUAAUAUAUGAUUUUUAAAAAGUAAAAUUUGUUGUCAAAAAUGUUGAAGUUUGUUUGCCGCACGCUUCAUAAAAGUAGAGCCAAAAAAUAGGAUCAUUUGAUUGAAAAUUUCAAAAAAUGCAUUUCGACAGAAAAGUCAAUUAAUUUUAUUUGUUGAUAGAUUAUAGUUAAUAUUUCGUUAAUAAUUAUAUUGAACUGGUUAAGCAACAAGGUCUUGACGUUUUGUAACAGAAUUUAUGGCAACAAAUAUAUUGUACACUUAAUCCAAAAAGCCUCCGUACAGCAGCCUAAUUUUAGUGUUUUUUUUUGUUUUAAGUAUUAGGAAUUUAUGU